AGGGUGUGCAGUGCUGUGAGUGUUGAAACAGAGGGUGUAGAUUCUUCAGAGGAGCUGGGUCCUACUUCAUCACUCAGCCCCAAAGAUGGCAGAACUGAUCGUCACUGCAUAUAAACCACUAAUGCUACAGUUUUUUUCUCCACUCCUGCUCAUUCCUGCUUCAAUGAUCAUUGGAACUACCCCAUUGGUUCCUUGGAGCUUGAUGCUGAUUAUACAGUUAUAAAGAUGUUGGUGAUUGGAUGGCUGUCAGGAGCUCACUUCUCAUUGGACAGUACCUAGAGACUACCAGUUAUCCCACAGCUCUUGGUCAUGUGGUGGGUUCUCCUCUUGGUGCUGGUGUCUCUAAUUGUGUUGACGGUGUGUGGAAACGCAUUGGUGUGCUUGGCUGUGGCCAUCAGCCCCAAACUGCGCUGCAUUGCCAAUGGUUUUGUUGUGUCACUAGCGGCAACAGACUUGCUAUUGGGCCUGUUGGUACUGCCGUUCUCUGCGACCUUGGAGCUGCACCAGGACUGGCCGUUGGGGAGCGCCCUCUGCAAUGUCUACAUUAGCUUGGACAUCAUGCUCUGCACCGCCUCCAUCCUCAACCUGCUCGCCAUUAGCGUGGACCGCUACCUGGCGAUCACUGCCCCAUUAAAGUACCACACCAGGGUCACGCCUGGCCGCUUUGCUGCAGCAUUGGCGCUAAUUUGGACCGUGUCCCUUACUGUGUCAUUCCUUCCUAUACACUUGGGAUGGAACACUCUAGACUUCAGUGUACAGAACCAGAACCUGGACCAGGCUCAGGUGGCCAGUGAUCGGAUGUGUCGCUUUGAGUGGAAUCGCAGUUAUGUGCUGUUGGACUCAAUGGCCACCUUCUACCUGCCCCUGUUGGCCAUGUGUCUGAUGUACCAUCGUAUCUUCCGAAUCGCACGAGCUCAGGCCAGACGGGUUGGCGUCGCCUCCGCCUUGCGGGACCACAAGGCCACAGUGACGCUGGCAGCCAUUCUGGGGGCCUUUGUUUUCUGCUGGUUCCCAUACUUCACCUUCUUCCUUCUCAUGGGACUGUGUGAGGAGAGGGAGCCUCCAAAGGAACCCUACUCCAUCGUGCUCUGGUUAGGCUACACUAACUCUGCCCUUAACCCGCUGCUGUAUGCUGCUCUGAACCGCGACUUCCGUCGUGCAUAUGGCCGCCUGCUGCAUUGCCCGAGAGCACUCAAGACCCCUAGGAUAUCCAGCCUGAUCUCCUGGCAACAAAGGUCCUUAAAUGAGCCUUCUGGAUGUUCGAUACCUUGUGACAUUGUGACCACUGAAGAGGAGGAGUGACAGUUUUCAGGAGGGUGAUUCAAACGUUAUCAGAAGCACACAUACUCGGAGCCUUUAGCUGCCGAACUGGAUUCUACUGUCAGGCCAGUGGGUUGUUCCUUCCAUGAGGACACAAAAAAAUAUAUGAUUGUACACAAUCUUAAGUGAACAACACAAAAAAUAGAGAAAAAAUAGGCAUAAGGAAAUAAGGACAAUCAUUACAAAAGUACUUCAUUUACAGUUUAUUUAAAGAGACACACACAAUGUAAUUUCAAUACAAUAUCUGUUAUUGUAUGCUGUUCUAUGUUGAUAUGGUCUACCUGCACUUACAAUGGUAAUCCACAACUAAAAAGGAUCAUCAGGCAAAUUUUUACAUAAUUAUGAAAUUAUACUUGUAAACUGACUAUGAAUAUUGAUCACAUCAUUAUUUCCAUGUGUCUUGUGUUUGGACAGGGUCCUGCCAUCACAGCCUACUGGUGAUCAAUAUUCACAGGCCUCCUGACGUUUUUAUUCUGUUAUUUCCAAUUAUUAGCCAAAUAAAUGAAAUAGCAACACAGGUACAGUCCCCUGAUACAUGCCUGGCAUCCCGUGAUACAUGCCUAGCUGUAGAAGUCAACUUUUUGCAAACUGUA